UUUUAAAAGAAAAUGUGUGUCUUUAACAUAAAAUCCUCCAAAAAAAAAGAUUUUCCUGUCCCCAAAAUGCUUUUUCCCUUUUGUCGCACGCAAAAAAAAGACGGCUUUUCUUUUCUGCUGUAUUUUCUGUUUUCUCUCGUUUCUCUGUCCUUUUUUCUCUGCGUGAAAUUGGAUCCGGUAGGUUUCCGGAAAAGUAAAAGUAGUUAAAUGGAUUAUUGCUUUUAUAGGAGAAAAAUGUGUGGGGGAGAAAAAUGUGUGGG